AGCCUCCUCAGUCCUCACUCGUCCGAUAGCAACAUACAAAAUGAGGUCGCUGCCGCUGCCGCUGCUGCUACUCGGAGCGGUCCUCCUCGUGGCCGCCAUGCUCCCGGAGGGGGCGGCGGCCAAGUGGACGGCGGUGAACCCGAACGGUGGGGUGGUCCAGCAGGUGGGGCGGUUCGCGGUGAUCGUGUACGACCUGGCGCACCGCGCGGGCCUGACGUACGUGGGGGUGGCGCGCGGCGAGACGGAGGAGGCGGUGGGCGGCGGCACCAUCUACCGGCUGGUUGUGGCGGCGGCGACGCCCGACGGGAGCAGGGCUCAGUACGAGUGCCUGGUGUGGGGCGUGCCGGCGUCCAGUCUCAGCACCUGGAAGCUCCGCCGGUUCAGGAAGAUCGCAAUGGCAUAGGGUCAAGUAUCAGCCGUACGUUCUAACGUCGGAGAGUAUGUCUUGGUUGGUUCAUGCGUAUGCUUUGCAAGUUUGUUUCUCUCGUCUUUCUUCGGAGUGCCGGUGUAAGUGGCCGUGUAAUAAGGUUUCUCCCUAGCACAAUGUGUUUCACAUAUGUUUAUUUAACGUGUUAUAUGCCUGAAUCCAAUAAAUGAUUUAGCGCGAGUUUAUCUCAU